UAACGACUGCGACGUAAAGCGAAGCCUAAAAGGUAAAAAAAAAUCACUCGUCACUCAUACGAAGAAGGGGACGCACAGUGUUUUUGAAUCGCUGCUGCCAAGCAAAGCUAUGGAGUUCUUGGGUCGCGAUUCCGAUUCCGACUACGCUUUCCAAUUGCAGAUGGAGGAGGCCAUCGCGGCUUCUCUCUCUUCCCGAUCUCGUGCUCCUUACCGCCCACCGUCUCCUCCCGUUGUCGCUAGGUGUGGAUUCGCUAUCGUGGAGGAGGAGGAGGCGAUCGGUUCGACGCCGAGAGGUGGCUCGGAGAACGUGCGUCGCGGCGGCGAAGGUAACUCGAGAGGAAAAGGGAAAGCUCACGACACAACAACCACUGGUGAUCGAAACCCUAACAGUAAAGUCGGUAGCUUCCAGAAUGCUUCUGCGAAUGUUAGUAAGAGACCUUCUCCGGCUGUUACUGUUCGUCCGGCGCAAUCAGCCGGGGAGGGGAGCUCGAAGGUUGGUGCCGCCAAGGGGAGUUUCAGGGGAGACUUGAUGUACAGGCUUUACUCCAAGGGUUUGGUGAACGAAGCGAGUGGGAGUGGUAAGGGGAAGGUGAGUGACGUGGUGGCUGGGUUUGGGGUCGCGAUUUGCGACCAGAGGGAUGCUCUGUUGUUUGAGUCCAAGGGACAGCUGGUUGGCCGUGGCGCGAAUCGUCAGGGCGCGGAGAUUCAGGCGUUGACGCGAGGGUUGACCGAAGCCUCCAAGCUGGGGAUCAAACACGUUGCUAUCUUCUGUGAUUCAUUUCCGAUUUUCCAAUACGUCAGGGGAAGCUGGACGCCUAAGCAAAAGAAGAUUGCCAUGCUAAUAGAUGAUUUGCAACGGAUCAGGCAACAGUUCUCUUUUAGUCAAGCUGUUCUGGUGCCUGGAAAUGAAGUGAAAUAUGCUUAUAAACUUGCUAGGGAAUCAAUUGUUUCGCAAGCAACCCCUCUUGAAAGUCCCCGCCAAGCGAAAGUAGCUCGGAAAGAAGAGUGUCUUAUCUGUUUUAACGACAUUGAUCCUGAGCGCAUGUUUUCUAUCGGUAAAUGCAGUCAUCGCUUUUGCUUUCAGUGUGUGAAGCAACAUGUAGAGGUGAAGCUGCUUCACGGAAUGAUUCCAAAUUGUCCUCAUGAUAAAUGCAAGUCUGAGAUGGUUAUCGAUGCAUGUGGCAAGCUUUUGACUCCAAAAUUGGGUGAAAUGUGGAAGCAAAGAAUCAAGGAGAACGCAAUACCGGUCACUGAGAGAGUCUACUGUCCUUACCUGAGGUGUUCCGCUUUGAUGUCCAAAACCAAGAUAUCUGAAUCUGCCAAGACCUUGCUGUCUGCUUACCCUGCAUCUGGAGUCAGGAGAUGUGUCGAAUGUCGUGGCCUCUUCUGUGUGGAUUGCAAAGUACCGUGGCAUGGAAAGCUGUCAUGCGCCGAGUACAAGAAACUGCAUCCUAAUCCUCCAGCAGAUGAUGUGAAGCUAAAAUCUCUGGCAAAUAAUAAAAUGUGGCGCCAAUGUGGCAAGUGCCAACACAUGAUCGAACUUAGUCAAGGAUGCAAUCACAUCACUUGCAGAUGUGGGCAUGAGUUUUGCUACAACUGUGGAGGAGGAUGGAACAAAAAAACAGGGACUUGUGUUAAGCGAUGCCCGAUCUGGGACGAAGCAUACAUCAUGCGUCAAAAUCCAGCACGUGUGUAUGUGGCGCCUAACAACUACUUUGAUGAAGCAUACAUCAGGCGUCAAGAUCCAGCGCGUGUGUAUGUGGCGCCUAACAACUACUUUGAUGAUCAUGAUGAGGAGGAUGAUGAAGAUUAUGAAACUGAUGAAGAUUUUGAUUACGACUAUGGUGACUUCCCCUUUAAUUUGGGGCAUCAUAUGAAUGAUGUUAAUCCUGAUGAGCCCUUUGAUCCCUUCUUUGAUCUGCCAGAUGGUGUGGUCUUUUUACCACAUAUGCUGUCUCCCAGGAGCCGUCAGCAAUUGUACGACUCAGAUGAUGAUUCUGAUGAAGAAACGGGUCAGCCACCUCAUUUGAGACAGAGUAACGCCCCUUCUGGUAAUGAGACAACAAGAGUUAGUGCUCCUCCUGAGGAAGAAGAAGAAGAAGAAGAAGUGGACGACUACCCCUUUAAUUUGGACCACCAUAACAAGGGUGAGAUCUUUCUCCCACAUAUGUUGUCUCCCAGGAGCCGUGAGCAAUUGUACGACUCGGAUGAUGAUUCUGAUGAGGAAACGGGUCAACCAGCUCAUCUGAGACAGAGUAACGUCCCGUCUGGUAAUGAGGCGACGAGAGUUAAUGCUCAUUUCACACAGAGUAAUGACCGGUCUGGUAAUGAGACAACAAGAGUUUAUGCUCCUCCUGAGGAAGAAGAAGAAGAAGAAGAAGAAGUGGACGACUGCCCAUACUUUGAAACUUAUGAAGAGGACGGUACAGUAUAUGACUCGGACGGCUAUGAAAUCGAGGAUUACACGAACCCUUACGAUUCAGAUGACUAUUGAGGUGUACUUUGGAACCAAAGUUGCUCUCUUUUGGUCUAUGAUCUUUCGGCUGUAAACUCUUUGGUGGAUCAUAUGUUUCUAUGACUUCUUGUUGCGUUUGAGUUUUGGAGAUUCAGGAGUGGGUAUUUUCAGAA